AUGGCCUUUUUAAAUUCUUUACCAUUUUUACCCGCAGACUCUCUUUUCCUCUGCCUAUAUAUAACCCACUCCUCUCUUCUUAGCUCUCCACAACUCAUCCUUUGCUUUGCUUUCUGCAAUCUGCAAAUAUAUCUACAAAUACAAAGCAAAGAUAUGGAUCUGUUUCUCCCUCUCCUUGCACUUGCAGUCCUCUGCACAUUUCUCUAUCUCAUCUCCCUCUUUUAUAAGUCCAAACCCGAUGGCCAAAACAUUCCGCCGGGAAACACCGGAUGGCCAAUCAUAGGCGAAACACUCGAAUUCGCCUCCACAGGCAGAAUGGGUACUCCUGAGAAGUUUGUAAACGAAAGAAUGAAAAAAUACUCGUCGGAAAUAUUCAAGACCUCCCUGAUAGGAGAGAGAAUGGCAGUGCUUUGUGGAGCUGCCGGAAACAAGUUCUUGUUCUCCAACGAGAACAGGCAUGUUGUGUCAUGGUGGCCACAGACCCAUGAAAAGAUUAUGCUCUUUAAACAAGCUUCUACCAUAGGAGAGAGCAAGAAAGUUCGUGGAUAUCUACCGGAGUUUCUCCGCCCGGACAAUCUAAGAAAGUACGUGGAAGUUAUGGACUGCAUGGCGAGGCAGCAAAUAGUAACAGAGUGGACACCAGGCAGAGAAGUGAAGGCUUUGCCUCUGGCGAGAAAGCACACUUUCGCGCUGGCAUGUCAGCUUUUUAUGAGCAUUGAUGACCCCGAGCAGGUAGCCCGGUUAGCAGAUUCUUUUGCUCGGGUUUCAGCCGGACUACUGGCCGUACCCAUUGAUUUCCCGGGCACAAUUUUCAACCGUGCCAUCAAGGCGGCCAACAUGAUUAGGUACGAGCUUUUGCCAAUCAUAAAGAAGAGGAGAGAUCUAAUGGCGGAGAACAAAGAGAUGGAAACUCGAGACCUGUUGCGUCACUUGAUCCUCUCCACGGAUCAGGAUGGCAAGUUUAUGACAGAGAUGGAAAUUGCUGAUAAGAUUUUGCAUUUGCUUGUCGCCAGCCAUGACACGACGAGCACGGUGAUCACCUUUGCCGUUUUCUAUCUUGCAGAUCAUCCCCAUGUCUAUGAAGAAGUCUUGAAGGAACAAAUGGAAAUCCUAAAGUCGAAAGGGCCCGAAAAGUUGCUGACUUUUGAAGAUAUCCAAAAGAUGAGGUAUUCUCGAAAUGUUGUCAAUGAGGUAUUGCGGCUGUCACCACCUGCUCCAGGAGCCUUUAAACAUGUUAUAAGUGACUUCACUUACGAAGGCUUUACCAUUCCUACCGGAUGGAAGGCACAUUGGAGCGUAUUUUCGACACACCAAAAUCCAAAAUACUUCCCAGAUCCAAAGAAGUUUGACCCCGCAAGAUUUGAAGGAAGUGGACCUAUGCCAUUCAGUUUUGUACCAUUUGGCGGAGGUCCUCGUAUGUGUCCCGGGGCAGAGUUUGCACGCCUAGUCAUAUUAAGCUUCAUACACAACUUGGUCACUAGAUUCAGGUGGGAGAAAUUAGUUCCAGAUGAGAAGGUCAAAUUUGAUCCGUCUCCCGUUCCAGUGAAUGGAUUACCAAUACGGCUCGUGCCUCACAAAUGUUAAAUCGCAACUUUAUGAAACUGCAUGGGCUAGCCAACCCAACCUUGGCAACAAUAAUGUUCACUGCUCAUAGAUAGAAGUCAUGAUUUUGAUGUCUUUGUAUACCUAUUUUUUUUUCUCUGUUUUCUUUUUGAAUGUCUUUGGAGUAUUAAAGAAAUAAACAUUGUUUGCAGGAAUUACACACCU